AUGUCGACAGCAGGGGAUUGGUCCCCCGAGAAUCCCAUCCUGGCCUACCUGCAGACACUGGCCGCAAACAAGAAGACCCUCCCGUAUGGGCAACCUGUGGUCGCGUACGCCUCCGUCAAUCAUAUUGACUCCGCUUCACUUCUACGGCAGGCCGCAGAGAUCGGCCCCUAUAUCGCCAUACUACAAAUUCCAGCGAUUGUCAUCGAUGACUGGUCCCACGACACGAUCGAGCAGCUCCAGUACUUGUCCAGGAAACAUGCAUUUCUACUUUGGGAGGGAAGCAGGAUCUUGAACCCGAUGAUUAAUUUCAUGGGUAGAGCGGAUGCGGCGUUGGAAACAAGGCAGGCCUUGGUAGACUUGAUCAAGAAAUCAUAUACGGGGGGUCCAUUGAGGACAGCGACGUGGGCUAAUCUGGCCACCUCUUGGGCCCCUGCGGCCCCACUGGACCAGCAGGAAAACGAUGUGUUGAUACCAACCUUGAAACUGGCAGCUCGUGAGGCAGUUGCGACAACCGCGAAGACCAUCCAAACCGAAAUAUCCGCAGAGACAAACAACUACUCGUCUGGGGAGGAGGUGGAAGUCACUGUGCCAAUUGGGGAAACAACCAACGGGUGGAAAGAAUUCAGUCCGAAUAACACAGGAUCGGCGCUUCGAAAAUCAUCAACCAUCUCCGUUACAACCGAGUCUGUGCUUUCGCAUGCACAAAUCCAGGCAGAUAACGGUGUCCCACCUCCACCUCUACUGGCCCGCAGCGUUGCACUCUGUCUACCCAGCGCCCUUGAAACCGCGUUUACCCCCCAGUUCCGCCAAAGUACGAUAGUUGCCGCAUGUGCCAACUCCGAAUUUGUCAUCGGGUUCUUAACGAGCGACCCCUUCUUUGUGAACUACCGAGGAAAUGAUAUAUUUGAGCUGUCAUCAGCGAAUGCUAAAGGGGAUGCCCAACAGGGUAUAGACAGCAGCAGACUCGCUGCCUUGACCUACGUCACCGAGCACCGAAAGUCACUCGGUGUAUUCUCUCUUGUACCACCUGCUCUUGGCGCCGGCUUUGUGUUUGAUCCUACCUUCAAGCCUGAUGGCAGUGCACCAUCUGACACCGAGCCCGAGACUCCAGAAUCAGCGCAAUACAUAUACCAUAUCAUGGGGCAAGCGGUGGCCCUUCGGGAACAAAACCGAAAAGAGCGUGAAGCCAACGGUUCUGCAAAAGAAUCAUCCGCCGGUCCCAAUAUCAUGCAUAUUCCAGUGGUCCUUCUUGUAUAA